GGGCUAGGAGAGCCUAGGUCGGCCGCGGGCGGAGGGCGGCGUGUGCCGUCGGGAGGCCAGAGUUUCGAGCCCGCCGGGCUGCGGCUCAGCCGAGGGGCAGGCGGAGUGGGCUCCGAUCCGCGAGGCUGCGGGACGCGCGGGAGCGGCGAGGCUCGCGGUCUGAGGGAGACCCAGAGGAAGGAACAAGACAUUUGAAGGCAGAGGACUUGCUUCAGAUCCAUGCCUUUUCAUAUGCUAAUUCUGUGAGUUGGGAACAUCGAUGCAAGAUGUCAGCACUGAGGAUUUGGCUAACACAAGCUUUGUUUAUUUUCCUCACCGCUGAAUCUAUAGGUCAGAUUGUGGAGCCAUGUGGUUAUAUCUACCCCGAGUUUCCGGUUGUUCAGCGUGGCUCUAACUUCACUGCCAUCUGUGUGCUGAAGGAAAAGUGUCUUCAGCAGUACUAUGCAAAUGCCAGUUUCAUCGUGUGGAAGACAAACCAUGUUGCUGUUCCCAAGGAGCAGGUCACCGUCAUCAACAGAACCACAUCUAGUGUCACCUUCACAGACAUGAACCUCCAGGCGGUCCAGCUCACCUGCAAUGUCCUGUCAUUUGGACAGAUCGAGCAGAACGUGUAUGGAACCACUGUACUUUCAGGCUUUCCCCCAGAUAUUCCUACAAACUUGAGUUGCAUUGUGAACGAGGGGAAGAAUAUGCUGUGCCAGUGGGACCCAGGGAGGGAGACACACCUGGAAACAAACUACACGCUGAAAUCCGAGUGGGCAACAGAGAAGUUUCCUGAUUGUCAAACAAAACAUGGUUCCUCAUGCAUGGUUAGCUAUAUUCCUAUCUAUUUUGUCAACAUUGAAGUCUGGGUAGAAGCAGAAAAUGCCCUCGGAAAGGUCUCGUCGGAGGCUAUCAAUUUUGAUCCCGUGGAUAAAGUGAAACCCAGCCCACCACAUAAUUUAUCAGUGAGCAACUCAGAGGAAUUAUCCAGUAUAUUAAAGUUAACAUGGAUCAAUUCAGGUUUUAGCAGUUCGUUAAGGCUAAAAUCCGACAUUCAAUAUAGGACCAAAGAUUCCUCAACUUGGAUCCAGGUCCCUCUUGAGGAUACAGCAUCUCCCCGAACAUCGUUCACUCUCCAGGACCUUAAACCUUUCACAGAGUAUGUGUUUAGGAUUCGCUGCAUAAAGGAAGAUGGCAAAGGCUACUGGAGUGACUGGAGUGAGGAGUCAAGUGGGAUCACAUCUGAAGACAGACCAUCCAAACCACCAAGUUUCUGGUAUAAGAUAAAUUCAUCGCAUACCCAGGAACCUAGAUCUGCACGGCUCAUAUGGAAGGAAUUACCUCUUUCAGAAGCCAAUGGAAAAAUCUUGGAUUAUGAAGUGAUUCUUACACAGUGGAAAUCAUUUUCACAGAAUUACACAGUUAAUGGUACAGAAUUGAUAGUAAAUCUCACAAAUAAUCGCUAUAUAGCAUCUCUAACAGCGAGAAAUAUGGUUGGCAAAUCAAGUGCAGCUGUCCUCACCAUCCCCAGCUCCCACUUCAAAGCAUCUCACCCUGUAGUGGAUCUUAAAGCAUUCCCCAAAGAUAGUAAUCUCUGGGUAGAAUGGACUCCUCCACCUAAACUUGUGAAGAAAUACAUAAUCGAGUGGUGUGUGUUGUCAGAAAACUCACCCUGUGUCCCAGAUUGGCAGCAAGAACUUGGCAACGUGACGCAAACCUACCUAAGAGGAAGCCUUCUGGAGAGCAAAUGCUAUCUCAUCACCGUGACUCCGGUGUUUUCCAGUGGCCCUGGAAGCGCCGAGUCAGUAAAGGCCUACCUCAAACAAGCUGCGCCUGCUAGAGGGCCUAUUGUCCGGACGAAGAAAGUGGGGAAAAAUGAAGCUGUCUUAGAAUGGGACCAGCUUCCUGUUGAUGACCAGAAUGGAUUUAUUAGAAACUACUCGAUAUCUUACAGAACCAUUGUUGGAAAUGAAAUUGUUGUGAAUGUGGAUUCUUCCCACACGGAAUAUACACUGUCCUCUUUGAGUAGUGAUACAUUGUACAUGGUACGAAUGGCAGCGUACACAGAUGAAGGCGGGAAAGACGGUCCAGAAUUCACUUUUACAACACCAAAGUUUGCUCAAGGAGAAAUAGAAGCCAUAGUGGUGCCUGUGUGCUUAGCGUUCCUCUUGACAACUCUUCUGGGAGUCCUGUUCUGCUUUAAUAAACGAGACCUAAUUAAAAAACAUAUCUGGCCAAAUGUUCCAGAUCCUUCAAAGAGUCAUAUUGCUCAGUGGUCACCUCACACACCUCCAAGGCACAAUUUUAGCUCCAAAGAUCAUAUGUAUUCAGAUGGCAAUUUCACUGAUGUGAGCGUUGUGGAAAUAGAAGCAAACAAUAAAAAGCCUUGUCCAGAUGAUCUGAAGUCAUUGGACCUAUUCAAGAAGGAAAAAAUAAGUACAGAAGGUCACAGCAGUGGCAUUGGGGGGUCUUCAUGCAUGUCGUCUUCCAGGCCCAGCAUCUCUAGCAGUGAGGAAAAUGAGUCUUCUCAGAACACCGCGAGCACUGUCCAGUACUCCACUGUGGUGCACAGUGGCUACAGGCACCAGGUUCCCUCAGUGCAGGUCUUCUCCAGGUCCGAGUCCACCCAGCCCCUGUUAGACUCCGAGGAGCGGCCAGAGGACCUGCAGUUGGCAGAUAAUGUCGACAGCAGUGAUGAGAUUUUGCCCAGACAACAGUAUUUCAAACAGAACUGCGGUCAGCCUGAGGCCAGUCCAGAUAUUUCACAUUUUGAAAGGUCAAACCAAGCCUCGUCGGGCAGUGAGGAGGAUUUUCUCAGACUGAAACAGCAGCGGGUUUCAGAGCACAUCUCACAGCCCUGUGGGUCUGUGCAGCGGGGGCUGUUUCAGGAAGGCCCUGCAGAUGUUCUUGGCGCAGGGACUGGGGGGCAGGUAGAGGGAUUUGAAUCAGCUGGAAUGGAGACAGCAGUGGAUGAUGAGAUCCCUAAAAGCUACUUGCCACAGACUGUGAGACAAGGUGGUUACAUGCCGCAGUGAAAGACUGGCUCCUGCCCAGCUUCAGUGGACCUGUAAGGGAAAGCUAGAACACUGGCCGUGACUUCAGAUGACAUAAUCAUCGCCCUCAAGGACAGAGUCACAACUGGGCCGUCUCUAUUCCAGGUUAUCUGGGAUCCUCCUUCAAGCACUACAUGAACUGACUUAAUCCUCUGAAUAGCUGAAGGACUCUGUGCUGUUUCAGGACGUUUGCACUGAGAUUUGUAAAGCUCUUUGUUUAGCUGCAUAGAGAGUGGGGAAUUCAAAUGAGCCACGGUGCCGUGCGGCUGAGCUGCUCUAAUGAGACUAACCGUCCAAACCCAAACCGCAGGAGCAAGGGUCUAGACCCUCCUCAGCCAGCAGUGCCAUAGGGCCUCCUGUCCAGAUUUUGUCAUCUGGCCAAAGAGAUGGUUAGGGCAGAUUCAUUUCUGUUUCUACCAAUUAGAAAAUACUGGCUUGCGCCCUGCUGUUUUUACCAAUGUUACCAGUUGUUACUGAGGAAAAGAAUGAACUUUUAAAAUGAACUAUGUAAAAGUACCCAUUUUCUUAAUAUCACCCAAAACCUCACAAAAAUCUGCUUAUUGAUAACUUCUUUCCAAGCCAGUUUCAGCAGCCCUGCAGACGGCACCCAUAGGGCUGGUAACUUCUUUCCAAGCCAGUUUCAGCAGCCCUGUAGAAGGCACCGAUCGGGCUGGCAAUGAACACCAUAAACUCUCUCAAGCAUUUAAAUAUCACUGUUUAAGUUAGGGACACUUUUCUGGACACAGACAAACACCAGGACAGAAGGCUCCAACGUUUGCUUGAGGAGACACUUUAUACACUGUUUGUUCAGCAUAAAAUUAUUCCAGUUGACUCCACCUUGCUUUGUUUUCAAGGCCAGCAAGGAGGCGUUCACUGAAAGGCUGCCUUCACCAUGGCCACAGGCAGAAUCCCAGAACACCCACUGAUUUCAGUGUCAGCCACAGCGGUAGAGGGUCUUGUAUGGAGCUGAAGGAGCCGCAGGGUCUUGUAAAGUUUACUGGGUGGGGAUUGAACCCAUGGCCUUGUACUUGCUGGAUACUCACUCUGCCACUGAGCUACCCAUCCACACAUCUCAUUAUGUUGUUUAGGCUCAAGUGAUCCUCCUGUCCCAGCGGCCUGACUGUCUGGGACUUUGGGUGUGUGCAGGCACACCCAACAGAAGAUGGUGUUGUUCAUAUCUGCCAUUUCUGAGGUAGAGUUUUACAUGCAGCUUGGGAGUAUCUUAAACUUGGUCCUCCUGGUUGCUUUGUUAUUGAACAAUCCAGGUAUCCAGGGCUUAGCACUAAAGCCAUUAAUGUGUUUGUGCCUAACUUUCCAGUGUGACAUGGAGGCAGGGGCUUCUCCAUUAGUGACUGAUUACCACCAGGUGUGCUCACGGGAAAGUUUUAGAGUUUGAGAGCAUGGCACAUUUUAAUAGUUCAUGGAGGUUGCCAAACAAAAGGCUAUGAAGAGUGAACUCAUUAGGUUGGAUGCAGAUUUACUUUUUACUCUCAGAAUGUUGUUUAUAUUAGACUUGCUGAUAUAUAUUACCAUCUAUAUUUUUAUAAUAGCUGAUACUUUUCUGAUUUUCUUCACAUGUAUAACCAUCGUGAGACAGUAGACACUUCUCUUCUCAUAAUAUUCAGUUGCCCACUUGGCAAAACCAACCUGAUACUGGGAAAAUGGCAGAACUGAAGGUAGAUAAUCAGAGUCAGGCUCAGAGAGGUCAGGUGGGGUCCAAGACCAGAAUUCACACUACAGGGCAGUGGCAUCAUCACCAUUCAAGCUGGACAUCAAUGUCUGGUCUGGGGCAGGACUGAACUUUCUAUGUGUAUAUGCCAAGAAAUGAACACUUGCUGUGUUUUCCAUUUUCUCACCGAAGGUAGCCUAGUCAUAUUGCUGUAUUCGUGUUUCGCUGCAGCCUUCCUCCUGUCUAGUAGUGGUGCUAUGAACAUUGGAGCUUGAAGUCUACACGGGAGUUGGGGGUGAUUAUCCAACGUAAGUUCAUGAGUGAGCAUGAGAGAUCAUUGAAGGACGAGCCUCAAUAAAGCAAGUUUGCAUGUUGACUCCCAACCAGGAAAUGUCCCAGUGAGCCAGUGCCCUCACCAACAGAGACGGUUGUGUGGCUACUGCAUGAGAACUCAUUCGGGAAAUGUCUAAUGGAUCAGCUUUGCCCCGAGAGAGAACCAGUCAUAAAACUCGAUUUAAAUGGAGACUUCGCUACAGCAUGUUUUAGAAUAAUCUGAGUGCAUGUACCUUGUACUUUAGAUAGGCAAACUAAUCUGGCUUCUUUAUGUAAAACCAGUCUAAUAAAGCUAGUUGUGUAGUUA